ACUCCUCCCGUCAGCUGAUAAAAGUCGACAACAAGUCAGAAGCUGCUCAGUCAUUGUUGUGUCCGUGAUUCUUAGACUCCGUCGACUGUUACAAUGAAGCUGUUGCUCCUCUUCGUGUUGGCGGCGGUAGCUCUCAGCGCCGACGGACUGGUUCGAAUUCCCUUAAAGAAAUUCCGUUCCAUCAGACGUGAGCUGACAGAUUCGGGAAGAAGCAUUGAGGAGCUUCUGGCCGACACACACUCCCUUAAGUACAACUUUGGCUUCCCCUCCAGCGGUGGACCCACUCCAGAAACCCUGAAGAACUACCUUGACGCCCAGUAUUACGGUGAGAUCGGCCUGGGGACCCCUCCUCAGACCUUCACUGUGGUGUUUGACACGGGCUCCUCCAACCUGUGGGUGCCCUCCGUUCACUGCUCCAUAUUCGACAUCGCCUGCUGGCUUCACCACAAAUAUAACUCCGCCAAGUCCAGCUCGUACGUGAAGAAUGGCACUGACUUCGCCAUCCAGUAUGGGAGUGGCAGUUUGUCGGGCUACCUCAGUCAGGACACAUGCACAAUUGGAGACAUAUCUGUAGAGAAGCAGCUUUUCGGUGAAGCCAUCAAGCAGCCCGGCGUGACCUUUAUCGCAGCCAAGUUUGACGGGAUCCUUGGCAUGGCAUACCCUCGCAUCUCCGUGGACGGGGUGACUCCUGUUUUUGACAACAUCAUGGACCAGAAGAAGGUGCAGAAGAACUUCUUCUCCUUCUACCUGAACAGAAACCCAGACACUGAGCCCGGUGGUGAGCUGCUGCUGGGAGGAACUGACCCCAAAUACUACACCGGGGACUUCAACUACAUCAACAUCACCCGGCAGGCCUACUGGCAGAUCCACAUGGACGGGAUGGCUGUUGGCAGCACUCUGAGCCUGUGUAAGGAAGGCUGUGAGGCCAUCGUGGACACCGGGACGUCUCUGAUCACCGGCCCUGCUGCGGAGGUCAAGGCCCUGCAGAAGGCCAUCGGAGCCAUGCCACUGAUCCAGGGAGAGUACAUGGUGAACUGUGACAAGGUUCCAUCGCUGCCCGUCAUCAGCUUCACGUUGGGAGGGAAGACCUACACUCUGACCGGAGAUCAGUACAUCCUGAAGGUGAGUCAGGCGGGAAAGACCAUGUGUCUGAGCGGCUUCAUGGGCCUGGACAUCCCCCCUCCUGCCGGGCCCCUGUGGAUUCUGGGAGAUGUAUUCAUCGGCCAGUACUACACCGUCUUUGAUCGGGAAAACAACAGAGUGGGCUUUGCCAAGUCCAAGUGAGCAACACGUUCAAGUGCAACACUAAACAUCCAAGUUUUGGAGACAAAAAUCUGAGCUGCACACGUUUUCUGUUGCUUUGCAAUCAAACAGUAUUUAGCAAUAGAUUUUGUGUAGAGCCUGAAUGCACUGAUCGGAACAAUUUGUACAAUUUCCAGCAGAGUGUGUGACACGGGUUGGAGGUUUGGACUGUGUGUGAAGGUGUGUAUGAUCAGGGAUCAGAUGAUUGUAACGGUACUGCCCUUUUUAAAACAUCUAAGUGAUUUUUUUUUUUUUAAUCAGGGAUUUGUUUCAAACAGAACACUUAAUUUGCAAUUUAGGAGGAAACUGUUCCAUUACUACUGACUUUGAGAUGUAUUUUAAUGUGAUUGGCCUGAAUAAAAAGUUUUUAAAAGAA